CGGCCGCGGUCUGGCGCCGAGCGGCUCGCGGCGGAAGCGCGCCGCCUUGGAAGAUCGCGGUGAGCAGCGGCGGCGGCAGCUCGGGGGGACCGGGGCGCGGUCAGGUAGCGCCGCCGCGUGCGGGCCGCAGUGUGCUCCGGUGGGCCUGGGCGCGGGGCUAGGGGCGCGCGCUGACCCGCCGCCGCUCCAGGAUGGGCAGCAGUUCGCUGUCCGAAGACUACCGCCUGUGCCUAGAGCGCGAGCUGCGGCGCGGACGUGCGGGCGUGUGCGGGGACCCCUCGCUGCGCGCCGUGCUCUGGCAGAUCCUGGUGGAAGAUUUCGACCUGCACGGCGCGCUGCAGGACGACGCGCUGGCGCUGCUCACCGACGGGCUCUGGGGCCGCGCCGACUUGGCGCCCGCGCUGCGCGGCCUGGCGCGCGCCUUCGAGCUGCUGGAGCUGGCGGCCGUGCACCUGUACCUGCUGCCCUGGCGGAAGGAGUUCACCACCAUCAAGACCUUCUCCGGGGGCUACGUGCAUGUGCUGAAGGGCGUGCUCUCCGAGGAGCUCCUCAUCCAGAGCUUCCAGAAGAUGGGCUACGUGCGCAGGGACAACCACCGCCUGAUGGUCGCCAGCCUGCCCCCUGCCUGCCAGCUGGUCCAGGUGGCCCUGGGCUGCUUCGCGCUUCGGCUGGAGUGUGAGAUCUUGGGGGAGGUGCUGACCCAGCUGGGCACCAGUGUGCUGCCAGCUGAGGAGCUGCUGCGGGCGAGGCGGGCCAGCAGGGACGUGGCCUCCUGUGUGGCCUGGCUGCAGCAGCGCCUGGCCCAGGAGGAAGAGCCGCCGCCCCUGCCCCCGAGGGGCCGCCCUGCCUCCUACGGGUCGCCCCUGGACCUGUACCGGGACCUGCAGGAAGACGAGGCCUCGGAGGAGGUCAGCCUGUAUGGGGAAGCGUCACCUGGCCCUGACUCGCCCCCCAUGGAGCUGGCCUACCUGCCACCGCUCUGGGAACAGAGUGCCAAACUCUGGGGCAGCGGGGGCCACACCUGGGAGCCCCCGGCUGAGGAGCUGCCCCGGGCCAGCAGCCCACCCUAUGGGGCUCUGGAGGAGGAGCUACAGCCCGAGCCCUCUGCCUUCUCCUUCCUCUCACUGCGCCACGAGCUGAGCCAGCCUGGGGACCUGGCCGCUCCCGAAGCCCCUAGGAGCCCAGGACGGGCCAGCCCCAGGCACAGGCGGGUGGAGGGGGCACCAGCCUCGGCCUACAGCCCUGUCCCUGAGCCCCUGGGCUACCAGGCACACAGCUGCCUGGCGCCCGGUGCCCUACCGGCCCUGUGUUGUGACACCUGCCACCAGCUGCAUGCUGCCCACUGCGCUGUGCUGCCUGCCUGCCGCCAGGGGCACUCACUGCGGGCGCUGCUCAGUGAUACCCAGAGGCGCCUGUGGCUGCAGCGUGCUCGGGUGGAUACCCUGCUCUACAGCAGCCCUGGGGCCCAACCCUAGGUUUGAUUGGCCAAUGGUUCCAGGCGACAGUUUCCAUGGUGCUUCUCUAGGGGCGGCUGGGGUCCCUGGCUGCCCCAUCCUGUGCUGGGCAGUUUGGCCCUGUGUGUUGGAAAGGGACCCUAAACCUGCUAGCAGAGGCUGAGCUGGGCUGCAGGGACUUCUCAUGCAUCCCUGUCCUCAGUGCCCAGCCUCACAUGCCGACAGAAGAGUCAGCCUGUCUGUGUCAUGGUGCCCAAACCUGCCCCCAGGAAGGACCUGCCCCUUGGAGGUCCAUCAGCGCCCCGCAGUUCCUGCUUCCUGCAGUUCGUGUUUGGGGUUCCUACACAGGCCUGCCCUGAGGCUCUGUCAGGUGCGUGGCUGACCUGGCUGAGGACCAGGCCUCUCCCCUGAGUGUCACAGCCAGGAGGGCUUGGGAGGUUAUCACCCUCCUGCCCAGCGGAGGUGAUGAUUCUCAGCCACUAGCACCCCAGCUGCCCUGACGGUGCCUGUGGUGGAUCCACGGGCGGGCACAGCUGGCCCCAGAGGGAGUCACUCUGCCUCUCGUUAGGGCCCCAGAACCAGUGACCACAGGGUGGGGUGGGCCAGGUCUGCCCUGUGAGGGUAGAUACAGUACCCACUGCCCUGUGUCCCAACCUCUACCUCCCUCUCUGAGCCUCCCCCAGCAUCCCUGUCCCACCCCUGCCCAGCACCCUGGGGACACUGUUCUUGUCACACGAGUCAGAGCUCUUCAGUACAUUAAAAGAUGAUGCAACAA